UGUGAGAUCGGUGAAGGUUUUACAGCUCCGUCUUUCACACCUGUUAUUCACUAGUACAGAAAAUGAAGAUAUGGACUUUCAUGCUUCUCCUCACACUGUGUGCAGUUGCAGUGUCGGCCUACAGCAAGAUCAGGCAGAAGAGAACAUGGAUCACUGACUCCUUCACCAUAGAGGAAGAAAGUCCUGGCCCUUUCCCAUAUGUACUCGGCACUAUUCAUAUAGAGAAAAAAUAUUUAGUAAAUUUUCAACUCAGCGGCAGUGGUGUUGAUAUGGAACCCACAGGCGUGCUGAGUAUCGACAGUAAAACCGGUCAGGUCCUCGUGCAUAAAAAAAUCGACUUUGAGGCCUUUCAAGUCCUCAGGCUAAAGUUUGAAGCAAAGAAUGUCUCGAAUGACAAAGUGGACACGAGGCUCGGCGUUGAGGUCAAGGUCCAGGAUAUUAAUGACCAUGCGCCGGUUUUUAAACCUCCUAGCUAUAAAAAAGAUAUCAAUGAAUCUGAAACUCAAGGUAAAUUGAUUCUGACGGUCUUUGCGUCAGAUGAUGACGACGCAUCCACCAACAAUGGCACCUUCGAAAUCAGACUUGUCUCAGUCACCCCAAAAACAGAUAAUGUUGAAUUUUAUAUAAAACAGAAUGCGGACACAGGAAGUAUUUAUUUCAAAGGCUGUUUGGACUAUGAGAAAGCCCAGAAAUAUACCCUCCUGAUUGAAGCGAAAGACAAAGGAGACAAAGUGCAGUUGUCCAGCACAAGCACAGUGGACGUGAACAUCGUCGACCAAAAUAAUCACCUCCCUGAAUUCACUGGUCACACAGGUCCUGGAAAAAUAAAAGAACGAGAGAGUGAAGUGGAAGUUCUACGUGUACAGAUAAAAGACAAAGACACAGAAGGUUCACCAGCCUGGAAAGCUAAAUUCACUCUUCACGGAGAUGCGGAUAACUAUUUUAAAAUUCAGACGGAUCCCAAAACUAAUGAAGGAAUUUUGACUGUUAUCAAGGCGAUGGAUUACGAGCAGCAAACUUCAAGAAACGUGUCAAUCAGUGUGGAAAAUGAGGUGCCCUACUUCUCCUGUAAAGUGAAAAAUCCUACUUCGAACGGUUUAUGGGAUGUAGAGAUUUUAACUGAAAAGUCCAGCAUAAUUAAAGCUAAAGCUUCUCAGCUUUAUAACGCCACUAUCGCCGUCGAGGACAUCAACGACCCGCCAGAAUUUGUACCACUUGUUAAAGAAAAAAUGAUCAUGGAGAAUGCAAAAGUUGGAACCUAUUUGGUAACCCUUACAGCCAGAGACACAGAUAGUUCAUUCGCCAGCUCAUUUUACUUUGUUAAAGGAAAAGAUAAAGCUAACUGGAUGAAUGUAGAUUCAAAGACUGGGCAGGUUACUACAGCCAAAGUUCUGGACAGAGAAUCACCAUUUUUGGAAAACAAUGCCUACAAUGUCACUGUGUAUGUUGUAGACAAUGCUGAACCUCCACUGACCGGUACAGGGAUGGUGGUCAUCUAUCUAGUAGAUCAGAAUGAUAAUGUGCCGCUGUUGCAGAAGGCCAGUGAAAACGUAUAUGUGUGUUUAUCAGACGAGGAAACUAUGACUAACAUCACUGCUGAAGAUCUGGAUCUUGCACCAUACAGUGAACCAUACCACUAUGAGCUCCUGGGAGAUGUCAAGGGAAAUUGGAGAAUCGAACCUAACCCUGGAACGACUGUAAACCUUAUCCGAGAGAAGAGCGUACUUUCAGGACGUUAUAUGCUUCAGAUCAAAAUAUUAGACAACCAAGGCAUUGGUUCGGUCCAAAACGUGUCCGUCACUGUGUGUGACUGCAGCAUUACACCAAACUGCCAUGUUCAGAGAUCUGUGUCUGCACAAACAAGUCUUAGUGCCAUUGGGAUCAUAAUUCUCGCUUUCUUGUUACUGCUAGUGUUUCCUCUAAUGGCUCUUUUGCUAUCGUGCAAACCACAGAAAGCUAUGAUCCCAAGUAAUGAUGCUCCUGGCUGGUAUCUUAUUAACUCCAACAUUGAGACACCUGGAACAGACUGCAAGGUUACUGAAAAUACAUUCAGAUCUCUAAACCUUAUAAAUAUGUAACCCAUAUGUUGGAUUCACAUUAAAGAAAAGAAGGAAAAUAUCUACUAGGUCUGAGAUCACCAAACACUUAAAAUAGCAAUUUAUCUUGAUGUCUGGAGUCCGGGUUCAGGGUCUCACACCA